AUACGGAUCUAGCAGACUAAAGGAGGUCUCUUGGAAGAUGUAUAUCGCUGGGUCCUUGAGAACCUAGCCUUUAGACAAUGGAGAGAUGACGAAAAAGCCCGACUUCUUUGGAUUCGAGGUGACCCUGGCAAGGGUAAGACAAUGCUAGUCUGUGGCAUCAUCGAUGAGCUGCGGAAGUCGAUCAGCGGCUCAAAUUCUUCAUCAUUUUUCUUUUUCCAAGCCGCUGAUUCACGUAUCAAUAACGCCACGUCAGUUCUUCGCUGCCUCAUCCGUCAGCUUGUCGACAAACACCCAUCGCUUAUCUCACACCUACGAAAGCAUUACGAUCAAUACGAAGACGCGAUUUCUUGGUAUACACUGUCUCAAGUAUUUACCGACAUCCUCGAAGAUCAAACUAUGCCGCGCACCUUCCUGGUGAUUGACGGUCUUGAUGAGUGCCAGGCCGGUCUUUCGGGUCUUCUCCACAAGAUCAUGCAAGACUGGUCGUUAUACUCCCACGUUAAAUGGCUCGUUUCGAGUCGCAACUGGCCUAGUAUCAGGGAACGACUAGGCACUGCGGAGCAAUUGUCCCUUGAGUUAAAUGCUGCAUCCGUCUCCACUGCCGUCGGGCUAUAUAUUGAUUAUAAAGCCCGUGAAGUAGCAACGCGGAAAGAGUAUAAUGACCAGACCCAAAAGGCAGUUCAGCAAUAUUUAACUACAAACGCAGACGGGACAUUCCUCUGGGUUGCGUUAGUCUGCCUCUAUUUGGAGAACGUGCGAUGGGACCCUAUUGCUAAAAUGAAAACGUUUCCUCCUGGCCUUGAUUCUCUGUAUCGACGCAUGAUGCAAGAAAUUCGUGAAUCAGGUGAGGAUGUGCUGUGUUGGGAAAUACUCGGCUUCAUGGUAACUGCUUAUCGUCCUAUGAAGCUAAAGGAACUGGCAUCUCUCAGUGAGGUUCUGGCAGAUCAUUCCAACGACCCAGAGACUCUGGAAAAAGCCAUGAGUCUAUGUGGAUCCUUCUUGACAGUUCGUGAAGGAACCGUGUACUUUGUACACCAGUCCGCCAAGGAUUUUCUUUCAGGAAAGGCUUCUGGCGAGCUCUUUCCUUCGGGAAUAGAGUUGGUCCAUCAUACUAUUUUUUCAAAGUCGUUAUCCAAAAUGGAACUGGCUCUGCGCCGUGACAUUUAUUCUCUCCACAGUCCGGGAUUUCCUAUCGACAAAGUUAAGCGCCCUCAGCCAGACCCAUUAGGCUCUGUGCAGUAUUUGUGCAUCUAUUGGAUCUACCAUUUGCAUGAUGCUCGUCAUAUCGCAGCACGAGAGCACUCUCAAACUUGCGACAAGAUCUAUGAUUUCUUGUCCAACAAGUAUCUUAAUUGGCUGGAGGCUCUUAGUCUUCUACAAAGCAUAACACAGGCGAUUAGUUCAGUGUCAAAACUGGAGGACUUGGUUCAGAAGAAAUGGUCAGGAUGUUCCGAUUUAGCUAAACUUGUUCAUGAUGCCCACCGAUUCAUUCGCUACUUUAAGGGGGCCAUAGAAAUCAGUCCUUUGCAAGUGUAUUGGUCCGCACUCUUGUUCAGUCCAGCCUGCAGUAUAAUACGGCGACAAUACGAGCAUGAGCAGCCCCAAUGUUUCCUAUUUAGACCAACUAUGGAGGAUAACUGGAGUGCUUGCCUGCAGACGCUCAAGGGCCAUACCGGCUGGGUCAGCUCCGUGGUCUUCUCGGGGGAUUCCAAGAUGGUCGCCUCGGCAUCAGAUGAUGAGACCGUCAAGAUCUGGGAUGCCAACAGUGGCCAUUGCCUGCAGACGCUCGAGGGCCAUAGUGACCAGGUCAACUCCGUGGUCUUCUCGGGGGAUUUAAAGGUGGUCGCCUCGGCGUCUCGUGAUGAGACCGUUAAGAUCUGGGAUGCCAGCAGUGGCCAUUGCCUGCAGACGCUCGAAGGCCAUAGUGACUGGGUCAACUUUGUGGUCUUCUCGGGGUGUUCCAAGAUAGUCGCCUCAGCGUCAGAUGAUAGAACCGUCAAGAUCUGGGAUACCAGCAGCGGCCAUUGCCUGCAGACGCUCGAGGGCCAUACCGGCCGAGUCGACUCCGUGGUCUUCUCGGGGGAUUCUAAGAUGGUCGCCUCGGCGUCAGGUGAUAAGACCGUGAAGAUCUGGGAUGCCAACAGUGGCCAUUGCCUGCAGACACUCGAAGGCCAUAGUGACUGGGUCAACUUUGUGGUCUUCUCGGGGGAUUCUAAGAUGGUCGCCUCGGCGUCAGGUGAUAAGACCGUCAAGAUCUGGGAUGCCAGCAGUGGCCGUUGUCUCCAGACGGUACAUGCUGGAAGUUUUGUCGAGGUCAAAUCAUUCGAUCUAACCAACUGGUAUCUUGAACUUAAUAGAAGCGCCAUUCACUUAUCCUUAGGCUCAUGUGGUACACCAGUUAAGCCCACUCCCGAAGCACCGACAUUCCAGGGGUAUGGAAUCAGUCAUGAUCGAGUGUGGAUCACCUCGGACGCAGUAAAUCUGUUAUGGCUACCCCCAGAGUACCGACCUCGUGCCUUCGAUACUACCCAAUCAGGUAUUUGCCUCGCCUGUGCAACCGGACGAGUGUUGAUCUUCAAUAUUGGUUCCUAAAGAAUUCCACACUUCCUUACCAUGUUCUAAAUCCAGUUUUAUAAGUCCUUCUUUUUUGUAAAACAAUACUUAUCAUUGUAGCAGCUUCCUAUACAAUA